UUCGUAAACACAGACUAGAGUGCCUGUUCAAUGUGUUGUUUUAUCAUCCAUACGCAAAUUUUACGAACGAGUUCGGGUCGACAUCAGUCAGUCAGUCACACUGGUCAACUCUUCAGCAGUAGAUACCUGUUGCGCGGAUCAUAGACGAAGCUACUUUUUAUGAGCCACCUUUGUUCAGGUUCUGAUUAAGACUCAAAAUUAUGAAGCUCAUAGAGAAGGUGUUCAACCCAACGGGAAAGAAUCAUGUCGGAACGUUGAUUUUUUUCCACGGAUCAGGUGACACCGGCAACGGACUAACGGAAUGGUUACGAUUUUUGCUGGGCAAAGAUCUGGAGUUCCCGCACAUUAAGAUUAUAAUUCCGACGGCACCGGUUCAGCCGUACGCGCCAAUGGGAGGUGAAAAUUCAAACGUCUGGUUCAACCGGAAGCGCAUCGAGAUGGACUGUCCGGAGAUUCGAACGUCGCUGGCGUCAAUAUACGACACGGUGAACGAGAUUCUGAAGCGUGAAACGUCCCAGGGCGUUCCGCCGAAUCGGAUCAUCGUUGGCGGUUUUUCCAUGGGUGGUGCACUGGCGUUGCACACGGCUUACCACCUGAACAGGGAUUUAGCGGGUGCGUUUGCGAUUUCGUCCUUCCUGAACACCGGUUCCAUCGUGUACGAUUCGCUGGGGUGUGUCACGGAAGACGAACGGCUUCCGGAUUUGCUCAUGUUCCACGGUGAGCGCGACACCCUGGUGCCGAUCGAGUGGGGCCAAACGACGUUCGACGAGCUGGCCAAGCUGGGCGUCCGCGGCCAGUUCGUGCCGAACCGGAACGCGCUGCACGAGAUCAAAAAGGAACAGCUGAUGCGGGUGAUCGAGUGGAUCAACAAAAUUAUUCCGGAACCGCGAGACGAACCGUCGCCUAGCAAAUUGUGAUUGCGGUUAGAUUGGCCUGCUUAGUUGGAGCGAGAUGACUUUUAGAGGGUUGGCUGUUUGGGAAGCAAUUUUUUGAAUAAAAGACUUGUUUGUUUUUCUACACAAAAA